AUGAAAAUUGAGGAGCAUCCGUCAUCUACCUAAGAUCUCUUAAACUCUUAUCAAACUCUACCAUCUGUAGCAAGGUACAAGUAGCUUAAGUUGAAGGACAAGCAUUAAAGAAGAGUUGAAGUAUAAAAGGAAAAUAAUAACAUAAGCUCAACGACUUUGCCCUUCCAAAUUGGAGAUGAGGUCUUGACUGAACCAAUAAAUCGGAGUAUGAGUAUUGAUAGUCAGCUUGAUCAUUUAAAUCAAGAGUCCUCAUUUGACCUAGGUGCAAAGAGUUCUAGCAAAAACAAAAGGCUAUUGGAUUCCUCCUUCGCUAGAAGCAAUAGGACAGAGGAUUAUAACAAGGUCCUUGACGUCUUGAGGCAAAGAAAUUGCAAGGAAAAUAUUAAAAAAUAUAAGGAAGAGCUGGAGUAAAUUAAGUACUAUAUGAAUCCAUUCACAACUAUCAUGUCACAUUCAAACAUUGAAACGAAGGUGAACAAGAUAGUUUUGAAUAACAAAACAAGCAAGACACUCAAUGAUACUUAGAAAUCAGAGGUCAGAUAUCAAAAGUUGAGAGAGUAUUUACGUCUCUAUAAAUAGAGGCUGUAUCUUGUGCCAAAGCAUCAAAUAAUGGAUGAUGAUAAGGAUAUGAGAGGUCUGGACUAUAAUUCAUAUAAGGAUCUAUAAUCUAAGAAUAUGGACAUAGUCGAGAUAGUGCAAUAGCAUAAAGAUGAGAGUGAUGAAUUGAUUACAAAAAUGGGAAUCAGUUUAUCAUUUGAUAAGAGAUCGCAAAAUCACAAAAACUAAAAUGGGAUGAAACGAGUUAGUUCUAAAGUAUACAUCACUGAGAAAAAAAUCGAUAGUUCACUAGAUAAGAACUAUAAAAGUUUUCUAGGUACAGGGCCUAAUGCUUAGAGUCUAAAUGAUUAUGUUGCAUACAGUGGUGAUUCCUUUGCCAAUAUAAGAUCUCAUGCUUCUCUCAAUAGAAUGGAGGAUUAAGAGAUCUUCAAGAUCGCUGAGCAGAUUUAAAAAUAGCAUUUUGAGGAGGAGUUCCUAAGAAAGUAGAGAUUUAGUAAAAAUAAUUCUAAAUUCGGGAUAGAGAAGUACAAUCAAGUGAACAGCAGUUAAGUUCUGUAGAAGAAAUCUUCAACAGCACAGAUACAGCUCAGACCUCAUGGAAUUAAUAAAAGUGCAGCUAACAUUAAAAGCUCUAAUAUGAAUAUAACUAAUGAGAUUCUGUACACAGACACUGAGUCUAGAGCCUCAUUAAACUAUCCUUCACAUUCUUAAAGCCGAAACCAAAAUAAAAAGAAUUCUCAGGAGUAACUGCUGAAUGCAGAAACUAGGAAGAAUAAUAAUCCAGUAUAUAACAAGAAUAUGAAUCAGAUAUCAGAUAUAUACAGAUCUUGUGAAUAGAUGAAGAAAGAGACGAGGAAGAUAUCCAGAAAGUACAGACAUGGUCACUAAGUCUUCAGAGAUGAUUUAAAUAAAUGUAAAAGUAUUCUAAGGAAGUCACAGUAAACCAAUAAAAGUCAGGCUCUUGUAAUGAACUAUGAGCCUGGGGAAAUCAACAUUAAUAGUUAGUAGUUUGUGAUAAAGGCAUAAUAGAGAUGA